AUGGCUGGAAACGGGAGGCAGCUCCGCGCGACCGAGCCCCAUCUCCGACUCCAGGCCGCCUCCAAACACUGACAACGACCCGACAGGGGAAGUUUGUUCGUCUUUUCUUUUUCCCUCCUUCCUUCCUUCCUUCCUUUCUCGUCCCUUUGCGCAAAGUUGGACGGGGCCCCCACGGGACGGGACGGACCACACACACACACACACACACACACACGCACACGCGCGCGACUGAAGAAGAGGAGGAGGAGGAGGAAGAAGAGGGUGCAGGAGGUGUCAGGGAGGAGACAGGUUGCUGGAGGAGGAGGAGGAGGAGGAGGAGGAGGAGGGGACAUUGGCAUCAAGAGAGGGGGUCGCUGCCGCCGCGGGAGGUCUCCAUGGCACCGGUGAUGGUGAUGAUGCUGGUGAAGAUGAUGAUGGUGGCGGUAUGACAUCUCCGCUGUGAAGGUGUUAUACAUAUUUGUGAACCCUAGUCGAUGGAUUUAUUACCUUUAAUACAAGAAUAUUUUACCUGUACUUUCUCCAUAGGCUAGAAAAUCGUGAAGCAUGGGCGACUGGAGCUUUCUGGGGCGGCUGUUGGAGAACGCUCAGGAGCACUCGACGGUCAUCGGCAAGGUCUGGCUCACCGUCCUCUUCAUCUUCAGGAUCCUGGUGCUGGGGGCCGCGGCCGAGGAGGUCUGGGGCGACGAGCAGUCCGACUUCACCUGCAACACCCAGCAGCCCGGCUGCGAGAAUGUCUGCUACGACGAGGCCUUCCCGAUAUCGCACAUCCGCUUCUGGGUGCUGCAGAUCAUCUUCGUGUCCACGCCGACGCUCAUCUACCUGGGCCACGUGCUGCACAUAGUCCGCAUGGAGGAGAAGCGGAAAGAGAAGGAGGAGGAGCUGCGCAAGGCAAACAGGUUCCAGGAGGAGAAAGAACUCCUUUUUAGAAAUGGCGGCGAUGCCGGAGGCGGCGGCGGCGGCGGCGGCAAGAAGGAGAAGCCGCCAAUCAGGGACGAACAUGGCAAAAUCCGCAUCAGAGGCGCGCUGCUGCGCACUUACGUGUUCAACAUUAUUUUCAAGACCCUGUUUGAAGUGGGAUUCAUUUUGGGCCAGUAUUUCCUCUACGGCUUCCAGCUGAGGCCCCUGUACAAGUGCGCUCGUUGGCCCUGCCCCAACACCGUGGACUGCUUCAUCUCGAGGCCCACGGAAAAGACUAUUUUUAUUAUAUUUAUGCUUGUGGUGGCUUGCGUGUCUCUUUUGCUGAAUUUGUUAGAGAUCUAUCACCUCGGGUGGAAGAAAGUUAAACAGGGCAUGACCAACGAGUUCGCCCCCGUGCACAACAAGUCGCCGCUGCGCUGUGUCGACAUAGCGGAGCCUGAUUGUUUGGCCUCGGGCUCCAGAACUGCCCCAUCCAGCCUCAGCUACCCCCCCAACUACACGGAUGUCACGGCGGGGAGCGGGGCGUUCCUGCCACCCAUGGGGGCGGCGGCCGCGCCCUCGGCCGCAGACUUCAAGAUGGACGACCUCCAGCUGGAGGACGCCCUCCGCCAGCCCUCGCCCUCCUCCCACUACUACAUCAGCAGCAACAACAACCACAGGCUGGCCACGCAGCAGAACUGGGCCAACCUGGCCACCGAGCAGCAGACUCGGGAGAUGAAGGCCGCCUCCCCUUCCCCAUCCCACUCCUCCUCCGCCAGCACCGACCACGAGCAGCAGCAGGCCGUCGACGCGGCGCUGCUCCUUCCCACCAGCAACGCCACCAGUAACACCAACAUCACCAGCACAACAGCCACUGCGGCCUCCAGCGGCAGCGGCAGCAGCCCGGGCGCCGCCUCGAACGCGGGCAGCCGGGGCGGGGGGAAGAGCGAGCAGGACGAAGGCCACGUCACCACCACCACGGCGGAGAUGCACGAGCCCCCGGUAACGGUCGGCACAGACCCUCGGCGGCUCAGUCGGGCCAGCAAGAGCAGCAGCAUCCGGGCCAGGCCGAGCGACCUGGCUGUCUGAAUAAUCCUCACCUCCUUCACGUCCCUAAACCCUCCCUGACCGACAACAAAAAGCCCAAACACCACACGCACGCAUCAGAAAAGAACAAGAAGACAUGGCAAAACGAACAAACCCCCCAAAAAAGAAGGCGAGGCGACAUGAGACAGGAAAGCAAAAAAAAAGAAAGAAGAAGAAAUGUUUAAGUCAAUGUGAAAUGACAGUCGGUGAGUUGCAGAGUUUUGGUUUUUUUGAACGGUCUUUCACUUAUGCACACGACAUGUGACCACGCGGCGCUUUUAAAGUCAGGAGGCUCCGCCCACGGCGGCGGGUGGAGCUAGGGCCAAUUGUAAUGUUGUAGCUCUAUCGUCAAAAUCGAUCCACCGUGGCGUCUGGUUUGGGGAGGAUGACGAUUUCAUGGUCUUUAACUCUUUUUUAAUUCUUUUCCCCGUUAAUUAUUCCAAACGAACGACGAUCAUUUGUCCGCACGACGGCUGAACUGUUUUCGGAUGAUCACUUCGUCGAUGUGGGACCAGACAGUUUGCUCAUAUAUCUUUAUCUUUUUUUAAAAAAAUCUGGUUUCACAGUCAAAAUCAGCGGCGCGAAAAACAUACACAUGCGCGUUGGAUCGCACGUCAGCGGCUUCUUCCAGGGUUUUGACCUGUGACCUGGAGAGUCUUUGUGUUAAACACGCUUCAAUCCGAGAAGUCGUUUCUCUCAUCAACAUACGUCGCGUCGUGUUGCGUUUCCUCGUAGUCUUUAGCACGGCGGCACGUGGAGCGCCUGCAACUCACCGAUACACGGAGGACUGGAACGUCCUCGGAAUAGAAAAGGCUGCUGAUAGGAGUCCUCCCUGCCCAGAAUGCACCUGGGUCAAUAAACGUAGAGAUCGAAUACGUUGGCCACCACACUGCGCGUUUACAGGCGCUCACGCCCGCCGCCUCUGGCGGCGUCGCCUUCGGGUCAACGUGUCCGGAAAGGAAAACGCUCUCCGCCAGCUGAGCAAACCACAAAAUAUACACCACCGCCUUUCAAAGAAAUCUUGAAAAUAUCACGUCAGCCACCUUCUGAAAUACAAUAACAACAAACAGAUAUUCUCCUUGUUCAUUAACACAAACCGCCUCCCGAAGCCCUUUGGUUCGACUUGAAACUGCUAAUUUUUUUUUUAAUAGUUAGAUUGUUGGCAGUUAUCCCCCCCCCCCCCCCCCCUUUAAUGAUCACACCAAUCCCAUCAUGACACAUUUCACGUGCUUCUCCAUCACUUUCAUUCUGAAAAGUGCUAUUCUUUUCUCUCUUUUUAAAAAAACAAAUAAACAUGAAUUGAAUUUUACUCAUGGAAUUGCAUAACUGUAGUCGUCAAUCUGUGAUUGCGAAACGCAAAUCAACAAGCGCAAAAAAAAAAGAAGGACAGAACGACUGGCGUUGUGAAAAGUACAGUCGACCUUGAGCGACUUCUAUUUUGUCGUGUUCAACCUGAUUAGUUAGAAGAAAAACCCCAAAACCUUUAACUGAAUUCAUCAGAAAGUCCCAGUCGCUCUUGUCUCUGUCGCUGUGCCGUUCAUUCAUGUCCCAGGCACUCACUUUCAAAAAGGCCUCGCGCCGCAGUAUCCUCCUGUGAAUUCACCCCUGAGGCGGAGUAACACCACAUUAUCUCCCCGCGACACAUUCUGCACUCACAAGGCUUAACAACGCGAGUACAUUACAGACACAGUACUUGUUUCAGAAGUUCACGGGCAUGAUAAAAGGAGCAGUAAGCGAUUCUCAAGCAAAAGACGUUUUUGCAAUAGAAAAUCAACGAAUAUUUCCUCACUGUUCGCUACCUGUGGGUUCUGUGUUCAACCCACCCCCCCCAAAAAAAGUUUGGCUCAGCCCAGGCUCUGUAAACUGAAAACGCCCCGAAAAUGGUGCGGACCGCACCACACAACACUGUGUGCAGUUUUUUGAACACCACUCCCCGACACCUGAGGAGACGUGAUAGCGACACACGUGAUAGCGACACACGUGAUAGCGACAGACAGACGUGAUAGCGACAGACAGACGUGAUAGCGACAGACAGACGUGCGAGCGACAGACAGACUUGCUAGCGACAGACUUGCUAGCGAAGAGAUGCUAGCGACAGACUAUUAGCGACAGACAGACGUGCUAGUGACAGACAGACGUGCGAGCGACAGACAGACUUGCUAGCGACAGACUUGCUAGCGAAGAGAUGCUAGCGACAGACUAUUAGCGACAGACAGACGUGCUAGUGACAGACAGACGUGCGAGCGACAGACUUGCUAGCGAUAGACAUGCUAGCGACAAGCAGACGUGCGAGCGACAGACUAUUAGCGGCAGACAGAUGUGCUAGCAAUAGACAGACUUGCUAGCGACAGACUUGCUAGCGACAGACGUGCUAGCGACAGGCAGACGUGCUAGCGACAGGCAGACGUGCUAGCGACAGAUGUGCUAGCGUCAGAUGUGCUAGCAACAGGCAGACACAGACGUGCUAGCGACAGACUUGCUAGCGACAGGCAGAUGUGCUAGCGACAGACGCUACGACCCAGGGGGUUUUCGCCUCGCAGUUAGCGCGUCCGUCUCUCAUACCCGAGGCUGCGGGUUCGAGCAACAAACAAUCUUUCUCCAAAAUCGCUUACUGCCCCACUAAUGCACUGGAUUAAGAGCAAUGUAAAGGUUCCGGCUGUUUCUUGUUUUUUUUCUUCUUUUUAAUUUUCAGGGGGGUUUAAAAAAGGAUGGUACUUAAUGGUGUAUCUGUACGCAUAUGAUGUCUCAUACUGUUUCUCACUCCAGUGGCAGAAACAGAGAAAGGAGAAUAUACAGCUACUGUACACAACACACAGGUGAAAGCAGCCCUUUCCUAAUCCAUGUUUGUUGUUCAAAAUGACAAAAAAAAAAUACAAAAGCAAAAAAAUAAUAAUUCUUUGUUAUGUGCAUUUGUGUUUGAUUCCUAAAGUUUACAUUUCGGUAGUUGAUAAAAGAUUUGCACAUUAAGGAAAGAAAAGAAAAAAAUUGCUGUUCUAUAAUGCUAAUAUUGGUAGUAAUAGAGGGAGAGAGAGAGAGAGAGUGAGAGAGCGAACCCUAUGUGAUCCUCAAAGGAAAAAAAAAAUGUCUUAAAAAAACCCAAACGCAUCGGCCCCUCACAGAAAAGACAGUGUUUCAAAAAACACGAGAAACUGUUAAUAAUCUCGAGCUCAGAUGAGUUUGAAGAUUUAAAAAUCAAUUAUAAUAACAGUGGCGAGAGAGAGAGAGAGAGAAAAAAAAAAGGUUGGGUUGUUUUCUGUGUCCGCUCGGUAUGUGUUCUCGCAGACCGUCUGGUUUGACGUCACAUCGGACGACUCCCACUUGUUGAGACAGUGUUAGCAGGGUAACUGGCCCUUUCCUAACCCCCGCAUUACGAAGGCCCUGACAGGACGUUUGUGUUCAAAAAGCCCCUGUCGGCGUCAGCGUCAUCCCACCUUCCUGCCACCUCGACUCCUCCGAACUCUCUCCUCUGAAAGUUUCAUGCAGAGCAUGAUGUCUCUGACCUCGUCUGGGAGCAGGAACCAUCAUCUCACGAAUGCUCAGAGCAGCAGCCCCGUUCUGCAAUGCUGUCUUAAACAAGAGAAAGUGCCUUGUGUAUGAAUGAUUCUUUUGUAAGAACAAGUUGAUGUAAAUGUUAAUUUACCUCAAAUGUUUACAAAACUGUUACUAAA